AUAUUGGCUUGUGGUCGGGGUUGUCCAUCAUGGAGUCCAUGGGGGAGCUAUUCAGUUAUAACCGGGAGGGCUUCGUAUUCGAUAAGGAACAGAAUCAGCAGAGGGAGUACCAAGGUCAGAACAUGCGGAUCGCCCAAUUUGAGAUGUACCGCCAGGACAUUGACGACCUGGUGAAUCUCACUGUCAGUAAGAUGGACAGUUAUCUCCUGGUCAACACUCUGAUGUUUGGUUUUUGUAUUGUUCUGCUGACAGAGGGUCGGCCCAGAGAGACUCCCCCCGAGUGGCUCCUCUGGCUGUACGGCAUGACAACCAUGGGAGCUCUGUUGUUCCUCGUCAUGAGUAUGUGGCUUGCUUUGCACGCGUCUGUCGCAGCCCACUCUUUCGGGGCGAGGGUGCUGACGCAGUUUGUCAGAUUGCCUGUGCCGGAUACGCAACAGAUAGAUGCAGCGCGGGCCUUCGCCACGGAGUACGAGACUGGAAAGGUCACAGACAUGAUGAGGUUGCCGAUGUUAGAGCGCCUGAACAACGCCAUGGAAGAAUUUGUUGACGCGCAGGGAGUUGGGGAACCAGACGAGGAUACAGUCGUGCCUGGCCAGCCAGAGUCGGCUGGGAUGCUCAAGCAUUUUCGCCUGUUCAGGCAAUUGCAAGCAAACUGGCAAGCCUAUGAUGCUUAUACGCGGGUAUGCAUGUCCGCUGGCGUUAAUCAGUUGCUACAUGCUUUUAUUUACUCCAGCCUCGUUAUACUGGCCACUGAGGCGAAGUCCCCAAUGCCCGCCUUGUGUUUCGCAGUCGUGCUUGCAGCCUGCUCUUGGUUGGUCACCAGGCUUGACUUGUUUCUGUCGCGAAAGAUGCUGACAUUGGUGGGCACAUUUGUCACCUUGCCGCCAGUGAUGGCUUGGGCAGGGAUCAUUAUUGAGUAUUGGAACUAUUCCCACCCAUUGUUCCAGCACCGUGAUGCAUUCAUAAAUGUGAUUGUGCCUGUGAUCUAUGCUUUCCACAUCGGUUGGAUCGUUCUCAUCAUCAGCUUCGCCAAAGCCCACACAAUUGGAGAGGUAGCUUUACCAAUUAAGUUUCGCAGCGUCCUCUACCUCGACGUGUUUGGCUGGCUGACUCUCCCAUCAAGCCCGUCUCGACGUGUCUCUGCCGCGCCAUCUCGGCAGGUCUCUGAUCGGUCACACGCGUCCGCGGAUGAUGGCGAACUCUCGCGGAGCGCGACUGGACGACACACGCGCAACGCAAUGCCCGAGGAGGAGGAUGUCGUCGAGCGGGAGCCCGUCACCCUUCUCGGCGAGCUCGAGAGGCAGGUCCGUCGCGAGCGCACCCGCUCCACGUCGGAGGGGCCGCCCGGCAGCGCCAGGCCGCGGGCCUUCACCUCUGCCUCCGUCGUGAGCCGGCGCAGCGCCAGGCCUCCCACGAUCAUGCGCUCCUCGCUGGAGGAGAGCUGCGAGAGGCAGCUGGCGGAGCUGCGGAGCCACCUGGAGCGCUGGGAGGCCGAGGCCGUGCAGGACCUGCUCCGCGGGAGCACCUGGAGCUACUACCUCGACGGGGUGCGCGCCACGCGGGAGCGCCUGGACCGCUGCGUGGAGCAGCUGGCGGAGGUGGCCCCGGAGCUGGCGGGGGCCGCCGACCGGGACGAGGGGCCGAUGGCAGGGACUCUGUGGCUGACGCUCGAGUGGAACCCUUCGGGCACGCCCACGAGGUACUACGUCCACAGCGGCACCGGCGACUGCGUCUGGUCGCGGCCCUGCGAGGCCCAGGACCGCGUCGUCGAGCUGGGAGACCUGCUGCAGCAGCUGGCAGAGCUCCAGGAGAGGGUGCAGGCGGUGGUCGAGAUGCGCAGGGCUGAGAUGGCAGCAGCUGCCGAGGCAGCUGCUGGUGCAGAGGAGGAGGAGGGCACUGUCAGAGCAGCGGGGCAGGACGCCGCACCCAGGGGAGGCGAGCCCAGGGAACGGGCCGUCGCCCCCAGGAUCUCGCUGCUGCCUCGUGGCCCGUCCAUGAGGAGCCAGUCAGUGACGAGCCAGGAGUCCGCGUUCAGAGAGGACAUCGGCGAGGCCCUGCGCGACGAGGGCCAAGCGCAGGAGACCCGCUCCAGCGAGCGCGAAUCCGUGCAGCUGAUGGAGAAUCCUGUGCGCCACUGCCAGGCCGCUUCCGCACGUUCUGCAGACCACUACCAGACCUAUCACACACCCAUGCAGAGGAAGCCGCCAGGCAAGAUCCCCUGGCGCGUCUUCUCUUCUGGAGCUUGCGUGUUGCUAGUAGUGUGGUGCACGAAGUGCGUCUGGGUCAUCGUGAGCAUUGCAACGGGAAUAGACAUCCACAUCAAGCCGCCGCAGGCCGAAUCGCCGAUUCCAGGCCCGGAGCGAGUGUUCGCAGGCAACCAGUGGCCCGACGAGCUGUUCCGCCCGUUCUUCUUGGCGUGCCACACCUCGUUGGACCCACAGUUGCUGUUGGUCGGCGACAGGUUCUCCAUUCACGAGCUUCGGCUCCGCGAUGUCACGGGCACCGACGAGCUGCUGCCCGUGGUGCGGCCGGUACUCCGCGACUGCAUGUCGGACGCGCCCGAGUUCCAUGCUGGUGGCGUCGCGGGGCUCGCCCUGGACUGCGCGCCUGUGGCCACGCAGGGCGGGCCUGUGCCCCCCGCGGCCGCGGCCACGCCGGCCGCCUGGGGGUGCACCGCCGUCCUGCUGGGAGCCGACCCGCGGCAGGGCCUGCGCUGCCCGCUGGGCGAGAGCCCGGGCGGCGCCAACGGCUCCACGCCGAGGCGGCCCGCCCCGCUGACCCUCCACGGCGGCCGCUACCACGCCCUCGCCUCUGCCGCGGGGGGCUCGGGCGCGUUUUGGGCGCGGGAGGCGGGUGGCGCCAGCGUGCGACUGCGCCCCCUCCGGGGCGCGGCCGGGGGCGGCCUGGUGCCGCACCUCGAGGUGGGCGGGCCGCAGGCCGCUGAGGCCCCGCAGCUGCAGCUCGUCCUCGAGGAGGAGGACGUCGUCCUGACGCUCGAGCCGGGCCGCCUCGUGGCGCGGCGCCUGGGGGGCGGCGGCGGUGGGCGCGCCGUCCUCUGGUCCGCGCCGCUGCCCCGCGGGGUGGCCUGGCGCGGCGGCUGCGCGGCUGGAGGGGCGGCGUACCUGCUCGGCGGGGAGGCGUCGCCGAGCGGCGGCGCGGCUGCAGGCGUCUGGAGGGUUCGCUUUCCUCACCGCGGCCCAUCAGACGACGCCGCGCCGCGGGGCGUCUCCGCGGAGGCUGGGUCAGCGUCGCCCUGA